GAUGACUCGUUUAUGAAUGUUAUGAAGAUGACAACAAGUAUGAGAAAGAAUACUGUUUGAGUAUAGGAAGAUACCGUAGUACAGUACUAGUUGUUGACUUGAUUGCUCACGGCCUGCUUUCUUUUGAAGCAGAAUUUUCUGACAUUCCUUCUUCACUUAGUUGGCCUGUCGUUGUUUAGUGUAGCUUGUCGCUAAGGAGUUCGCCACCUCGUGGCGUGUCUUUUCCUCUGCCUGUCAGAUGCUUGUGAAACGUACUGCGCCCCAUGUGGUGGCCAGAGACACUCUCUGAAGCCUCCCAAUCCCUAUCAGAAAAACUGGAGAGCACUGCUUCUCCCACUUAUUUCUAACCCACCCAGCUUCAACAGGCGAGAGCGAAGCGCUUUCCCUCUCCGACGACGCAAUGUCAGGGGCUUUGGUGAGAUUUUCUACUCCAGUGACAAAUCAGUACCAGUAGACCAAGAAACCGGAGCUCCAACGACGCCUGGCAGCUGUAUUUCAGACCCGACUACAACGAAUCGGUCCCGGAUGACGGAGUCGAUUAUGGAGGCUGUGGAACUACUUUUUUGACUAUCUCAGGUUUACCCGCUUAUUGUCAUGCUUUGGUAGCUCUGGAAUAGGUAUCCGCCAAUUCGCAUUCACGCAAAAGAGUAGACUUGUGUGUAAUGAUACCCAAAGCGGAUCGUGUUCUUUUCAUAUUUUCUUCAUCAAUCUGCAGUCUCUAAAACUUCAGAAACCCC